AUGGCGCACUACCACCACCAACAUCUCCAUGAGAGAGCCGACGACGUCUGGCAGAACGUAGGAGAUGCGCUGAACGACCUCAACCCUUUCGGCAGCAGGGACGAGGACGAUGAGGAGGAAACGACCCGUCGCAGUGGAGGCACGACAAUCAUCCGCACCGUCAUUCAAACGCUGCCCGCCGAUUUUGAGGGCUCCGUCGCCAGCUACAGGACCAUCAGGGAGGAAGAUGAGCGCACGACGAGAGCCACGCCUACCACCAUCCAGGGCGCCGGCUCACCCCUCCGUCCGGAACCCAAGUCCUCGGCCUCCUCGCCGGCCAGAGACGCGACGACAACACGCGAGUCCGCCAAGAAGACCACCACAGCCAUUCCUACCGUCAUCAGCGAACCCACAAAGACAAACGGCAUCCCCACCACACUGGCCGUGGCUUCGGAUGCGCCUGAAGCUCCCACCCAGCCGAGCAGGGCCAUCGGCGCCGGCCAAAUCACGUCCGCCUCGACGCCUUCUGCCAGUGCGCAAGCCCAGGCAACGACCAGUCCCGAGCCCAGCGGCGCUGCCAAAGCUGGCAUCGCCAUCGGCGUCCUUGCCGGUGUUUUCCUACUCGGUCUCGCCGUCUUCUUCCUCUUCAACCGCCGCAAGAGACAGGUUGAACGCGAGAGGCUCAACGAUGACGAUGAGAAGCUCCAUAACCCCUUCGCUGCGCCUACAACAGCCACUGCCGUCGUCGCCGGCGAACGCUCCAACCCGCGUGCCCCGCGUAUCAGUCUCCGUCCCGUCACCCAGUUUCUGCCAAAUCUCAACUUUGACAAGCGCGCCAGCAAGGGCGCCAACAUGGCCAUGGCCUCCACUGCUGGUGGUCUGACGCCCAGCCACUCGGCUCACUCUGGCUUCAAUGCCUGGGAUCGACCUGCGACCAGCGAGAGCGCCAAACCCAGCAACCCCUUCGGCAACCAGGCCGAGCGCGCGCCAACGCCCAUUGCCGAGGAGCCUCUGACACCAGCCGCCGAUAAGCCACUCCCACCCGGUCCUGUCGCUGCACCUCCCGGUGAUGCUUGGUCGGCUCACGCGCCUGCGGCUGCAGCUGCCGGCGCCGCAGUUGCUGCGGGAGCCGUCGGGGCGGGCCUCGCACGCAAGGCUUCUACGCGGAAGGGCACCCCGAAGGAUCUUGAUCUCACUCUACCCGCGCCUCUGUCUGUCGUUCCUCCCAGCCCUGCCGGUACUGAAUUCAGCAUGAACUCCGAAAGCCCUGAUCAGCCAAACCCUACGGGCUCCACCGGUGCUGCCGCUAUUGCCGCUGCUGGUGGACCUACCAACUCGACUGUUCACCGCGUGCAGCUGGAUUUCAAGCCCACCCUGGAAGACGAAAUGGGCCUGAGGGCCGGCGAAGUUGUUCGCCUGCUUCACGAAUAUGACGAUGGCUGGGCGCUCUGCAUUCGACUUGAUAGAUCCUCGCAAGGUGUUGUGCCCCGAACUUGUCUGUCGGCUCGCCCUGUGAAGCCUCGCCCGCAGAACGGCGGCCCUCGAGGCCCGCCCAUCAACGUUGGGCCCCCGCGCGGACCUGGCCCCAGCCACGGCCCCCGUUCCAUGCCACCUCAAGGUGGCCCGCCUUAUCAGAGGCCCACGACGCCUCAAGGUGGCCCUCGCGGUGCUCCCCGGCCCAUGGGUCCCCCCGGCGGACCUGGCUCUCCGGGUGGGCGCCCGAUGAGCCCCGCAGGUCCUCGCGGCAUGAGCCCCGGACCUCGCUCACAGUCCCCUGGACCCCGCUUCCAAGGCCCUCCCGGUGGCAGGUCGCAAAGUCCUGCCGGUGCCAACAGGAUCCCCCAUCCUUCUCGGAUGAACCCUAAUUCCCCGCCGCGCGAUUCGCACAUGUCCCAGGGACCUCCAACGGGCCCUGUAGGCCGCAAGCCAGUACCAGGGCAGGCGUAUUAG